GAUUGACGUGUUGAUAGCCAAUGAGAGCUGUUUCUAAGAUGGCUGCUCAGAGAGAUGACGCAGCGUAUUGGCGCUCCACAGUGGGAGCGCUUGCUGUACGUCGGGGGCUGUCCCGGGGUGAAAACUAAACAGAAAAAGGCGGGGAUAGUUUCUUUGUGUAGGCAGCAACGUGAAGAAAACAAACGUACCCGGGAACACGGUGCAGGGCGAGGAGACGGAACGAGGUCGGCACAUGAAGUUAGCAGACAGUUAGCAUGGACUCUACAGGACAAUAUUCCUAACCUGGAGGAAUUCUUUCCAUCUGUGGACACUUCCGGACUACAGGAAUAUUAAUAAGACAGGAAAGGACGGGGACUGGAGGUUUAGGACAGACUCCAGCUCAUCUGUGGGACGAGACCCUUCUGACUUCAGGACGUCCGUCUGAAUUAGUUCCCCCUGAAGAACAAGAAUGAGUUCUCCACAAAAGGGGGUCGUUCCUGACGAAGAAACAAGACCAGGCAGUGAGGAAGAUCAUGAGGUUCCUGAGAUGCUGCAGACACAGAAACCGAGAGGAAGAGGAGAAAAACGUCACCGCUGUCAGCACUGUGACAAGUCCUUCACAAAUUCAACCUCUUUAAAGAUUCAUCAGAGACUUCACACUGGAGAGAAACCUUACAGCUGUGAUCUUUGUGGGUCAGCUUUCAAACAACAGAGUAACCUAAAAACACAUCAACGCAUUCACACUGGAGAAAAACCUUACCGCUGUGAUCUAUGUGGGACAGCUUUCAGACAACAGGGACAGCUAAAAAGCCAUCAACGCAUUCACACUGGAGAGAAGCCGUACAGCUGUGAACAAUGUGGGGAAAAGUUUUCUCGAAGUAGUUACCUUAAAUCUCACCAACGCAUUCACACUGGAGAGAAGCCGUACAGCUGUGAUCACUGUGGGGAAAAGUUUUCUCGAAGUAGUGCCCUUAAAUCUCACCAGCGCAUUCACACCGGAGAGAAGCCGUACAGCUGUGAACAGUGUGGGGAAACUUUUUCUCAACGAAGUAACCUAAAAUAUCACCAGCGCAUUCACACUGGAGAGAAGCCGUACUGGUGUGAACAAUGUGGUGAAACGUUUUCUCAGAGUACUAGACUUAAAUCUCACCAGCGCAUUCACACUGGAGAGAAGCCGUACAUCUGUGAUCAAUGUGGUGAAACGUUUUCUCAGAGUACUAGACUUAAAUCUCACCAGCGCAUUCACACUGGAGAGAUGCCGUACUGGUGUGAUCAAUGUGGGGAAAUGUUUUCUCAGAGUAGUCACCUUAAAAGACACAAGCUCAUUCACACUGGAGAGAGGCCGUACUGGUGUGAUCAAUGUGGGGAAAUGUUUUCUCAGAGUAGGUACCUUAAAAGACACAAGCUCAUUCACACUGGAGAGAAGCCGUACUGGUGUGAUCAAUGUGGGAAAAUGUUUUCUCAUAGUAGUAACCUUAAAUCUCACCAGCGCAUUCACACUGGAGAGAAGCCGUACGGCUGUGAUCAAUGUGGGGAAGUGUUUUCUCAGAGUAGUAACCUUAAAUCUCACCAGCGCAUUCACACUGGAGAGAAGCCGUACAGCUGUGAUCAAUGUGGUGAAACUUUUUCUCGUGGUGAUACCCUUAAAAAACACCAGCGUGUUCACACUGGAGAGAAGCCGUACUGGUGUGAACAAUGUGGGAAAAUGUUUUCUCAGAGUGGUAGCCUUAGAACUCACCAGCGCACUCACACUGCCUUGUAGUGAACAUGUUUCAGAGCUAGGCCUAUAGUCAAUAGGCGAUAGUCAAUAAAUCAAAUAAUCGCACGAUAAAAAAAUGAACUCGAUAAUUUUUCUUGCCGCGAUAAUUUCCAUUUGCAUACUUGUUUGUUUUCCUCUCUCUCUCUCUCUCUCUCUCUCUACCUCUCUACCAAAGAGACUGGAUGACCACUCUCUGUUCCUUAGUGUAACAAGGAGUGAACCCUCUUUGUCAGUCACAUGGUCUUUGUGUGGGGAGGCGGGACUACUCCUGACAGAGAGUUGGAUCAGGGUUUCCAACAGCACUUUGCAGUUAAGGUGCAAUCAAAAACCACAUUGAAAUAGAUGGAUAUCAUUUAUUAAUUAUAUAUUUUUUACAUUUAAUAUUUAGUGUUUCAUAAAUAAUUGUUAAAUGUAGUACAGUCUUUAGUCUAUCUCACAAACACUCGAGGAAUGCUGCAAACAUUUGACAGCCAGUACGAAUUGCCUGGAGAACAUACUGUAUGUCACAAACAGCAAUUCCACAACUGUCCAACAGCGUGAAAGUUUAGAAAUAAAAGUUUAUUGAUCUUUGAAAAGGGGUACCUGCAUUAUUAUGCCAUUAUCAUUAUCUUAGAUGAAAAUGGUCUCAGAACAACAAUAUUAUAACAACUCUGAGUUGAAGUUUAAAACUUUCACAGCCAUUUUAAUAAAAUGAAGGAUUAUAUUCGGGCUUGAGUCCAUACAUGCAGUUAAUGGAUGCAGGCACGCAGAUCUGAAGGCUUGGUUAGCUCCCAUAUAAAGAUAUGGAGUGGAGGAGCUGCCACUGAGAGGGGUAACAAUCAGACUGAUAAAUGACGUUCGGGGAGCUUUCACAGCAAGCGACGUUAUUAGUACAGUUAAUCCCAAAUAUCGAAUAGCAAUAUUUGGGAAAGAAAUCGCAAUUAGAUUAUUUUCAAAAAUCGUUCAGCCCUAGUGACAGGCCUAUUCCGAGCCAAGCUGUUUCUUCCUGCCUCCUCCUCAUGCCCUGAUAGCUGUGUUGUUAUAUUCUCAUCUUCUCUCCCCAUUGAAGGCUGACCAGCAGUAACUUGAUCUUCUGAACACUAUGGACCAGUAUGUUAUCCUGGCUAUGACUACAUAUUACACUCCCUCCCUUUGAAGGGAUAGUCCUGUCAGUCAUGUAAAUAGUUUUAACCCUCUGCUUUGAACCGUAUCCCACAGGCUUCUUUAGUGGAUCAGAUUUCAGUCUGACACUUGAGUCACAUUAAAACAGCUGGUUAGAUUCAGGGGGAAGUUUAAGAGCUGAAGAAGGCUGUGGAAUUUGGUCAAAAGCUCCAAAUGAGAGAAUGUGAGCCUUGUGUUGAGAAUGAUCUGUUAAAGAUUUGUUCCCAUUAUUUUUUUCUGCCUUAUACAUAUUCUUUUUUAUUAUUUGUAGUUUAAAAUGAUCUUUUCUUACUUUGUGGACCUUUCAUUUAAUAAUAAUUUACAUUGUAUAUUAACUCUUUGUAUUUUCUGUCUCUCAAUGUGGUUUAAGAUCUGUUGAGUUUUGUUCACUGUAAAAACGAGAACAUUAAAUUGUUCAUCUUACUU